AAAUUAAAGUAAAAAUGGCGAUUUGUAGCGUCUUGUGUCCACUGUGAGUAGAUAAUGUUUUUCGGAGGAAAGUUCCGAUCGUAUAAAAAAGAAGGUCCAAUUUUGUAAAAGCAACUUUAAUUAUUUAAUUUGGAAGAGUACUCGAAAGAAGUCGCUAUAAUGGACCAAGCACCUACAGAUACAGAGUUACGGAACAUCAUUGACAAACUGGCACAGUUUGUCGCCCGCAAUGGACCGGAGUUCGAGCAGAUGACCAAAAACAAGCAGAAGGACAACCCUAAGUUUGGUUUCUUGUUUGGCGGGGAACACUUCAACUACUAUCAGUACAAAGUGACUACAGAGCAAGCCAGUAAGUGGGAUACAGCCCCUUAACAGCUACCAACAAUUGAGAAGCAUAAAGGCCAUGCUUUAUUCAACAACAAGGAAUGAGUUUGACCAAAAAAAAAUAUAUAUAUAUGUAUAAAAAUAAAUCAAAGUAAUAAUAUUAAUAAUAUUAAUAUAAAAAAAUAAGAGAUACGGUUGAAAGGGUCUCUGAAUUCAUCGUACAAUUAAUCAUCAAAUGUGAGCACUUGGUUUCAAGAUUUUGGGAUUGCUAUUUGUUAAGCAGAAUGCUUUUGCUAAAGACAUCUUGUAUUCCUCGACAAUGGCGAUUUUGAGAAGAAUUAGUUUUAAGAUUCUUACUGGAACUUAUCUAAUACGGAGUACAUUGUCGGUGUAAAGCUUAAAUCUAUGUGGGAGGUAUAAAUAAUCCCAUAUAAUGUAUAUACCCUGUAAAGCCCUUGUAAUAUAGAAAUAUAAAAACAGGGAAAAGAAUAUAGUGCUCCCAAAAGACUUACCGGAUUUUUUUGAUUAUAUGUAUACUUCUCUAAUAAACCCGCCAAGAAUUAAAUUAUGCACCGUUUUAAAGCAAAAAGGAAUAAAUCCAAUGCAAAAUGCAGACCCACGUUUAAACGUUUCGCAGCAGCAGCAAACAGCCGCUACCGCCACCCAGUCGCUGAAUAACGUCAAUCUAACGUCUGGCCUAAAUACUCAGAACAAUGGAUUAAAUCCGGUAGUUGGAAUUGGGCCAGUGGGAAAUUCAGCUGGUACAGUGAUACCAGGUGUACCCGGACAAAUUGGAGGACCAACUAAUACCGGACCACCAAUUGGAUCGGUACCGUCUGCCAUGGGAGGUGUAAACCCACCUAUAGGUGGAGUCACACCAGCGGUUAACAUCGGUGGCCCACCGGCAUGGCUUCAAACAGAACUGGCCAAUCUUCAAUCACAACAAACGACUCUGCAGGAACAAGUUAGACAAUCGGAACAAAAUCUUGCUGCUCAACAUGCUGCAUUGAUGGCUCAACAACAAGGCAGAGUCGAGGAUGCAGUUAGACAAGCUCAAGAAACAGCUCUGCAAAAUAAUGCUCAAACUACCAACACUGAUCUUACAGCAUUUGAUACUGUUUUGCAACCCAUUAUCGAUAGCUGUACCAAAGACAGCAUAAGCGCAGGAAAAGCUUGGAUUCUUCAAAAUUCUGUUACGCCACAAAGCAAUCAAGUUGUUGCUGAUCAUUUAUUAAAAAAAGUUAUCCAAGGAUCGACAUUUAGCCAUAAACUACACAUUAUAUAUUUGGUAAACGAUGUCUUGCAUCAUUGCGCUAGAAAAAAAUCUAUGGAUCUUCGAAAGGCGAUGGAAAGUGUAGUUGUACCCAUGUUCUGUAAUACUUCAUUAGCCGCAUCUGAAGAGCAACUUAACAAGCUUAAUAAAUUAUUAAGCCUUUGGGAAUCAAAGAAUAAUUACUUUGACGAAGGAAUUAUAGAUAAAUUGAAACAACCCAGUGCAUCAUGGUCAGAAUACCAAGCUAAUUUAGUAUCUCAACAUGCCAGUGCUAUUACUCCUAUCACAACUUCAACAAAACAAACAUUUGACAAUUAUCAAGCCCAACAUCAAGCAUUCGUUACGCAUGCUUUAAGACAAAUUCAAAAUAUUGAACAGCAAAAAAUUGCAAUCGAUCAGCAACUAAAAGCACCACCUCCACAACUGAAUCAACAGAACAUGGCACUACCACCUAAUCACACUGGUCCCAGCGGACCAAUGGGUAGCGAUGUUAACUUUAGUCAACCCCCACCUGGUUGGGGUGUACCACCAGGAAAUGAACCACCACCAUUCUCGAAUGUUCCUUUACCAGAUUUUUCUAAACCACCGCCAGGAUUCGGUCCACCGCCUGUCAUUCACGAACCAUCCGUCGAAGAUCUGAUGCCCAGCAUGCCAUACUUUGAAUUGCCUGCUGGUUUGAUGGUCCCCCUCAUCAAACUUGAAGAUGGAGAAUACAAACCAUUAGAUCCUGAUGCUAUCAGACUUCCACCACCUGCACCACCCAGUGAUCGAUUGGUUGCUGCUGUAGAAGCUUUUUAUGCACCUCCAAAUCACGAUUCACCGAGAGACAGCGAUGGAUGGGAGAAACUUGGUCUCUACGAAUAUUACAAAGCAAAGAAUUUAGCGCGCAAACGCAAAGAAGAAGACAUUGUAGCUGGAAUUAGACAAAAAUCAAAAUCACCCUCGCCCAUUUUAAGGCCAAGAUCAAAAAGUCCUAGUCCUCCAAAGAAACGUUACAGAAGUAAAUCUCGUAGCAGAUCGCGAUCGAGGUCAAGGGGUAGGAGUAGAUCGCGAUCACCAACGACGAAUCAUAGACGGAAUAGUCGCAACAGUAAUCAUAAUACUAGAAGUCGUAGAAGAAGAAACAGCAAUAAGGAUCGAAGUCCUGAUAGAAGAUUAGACAGACAGGAUCGCAGUCCAACUCCUCCAAGUUUUCUUGGAUCAACAUAUAGCAAAGCUCCGCAAGAGAUAAGUCUCGAUGAAAGUAAUAAAGGACACCAGUUGUUAAAAAAAAUGGGCUGGGCUGGUGCUGGAUUAGGUGCUAACGAACAAGGUAUCGAGGCUCCUAUAUCGGGAGGUGAAAUUCGAGAUAAAAAUGACCAAUACAAAGGAGUCGGUAUUAAUUUAAACGAUCCGUACGAAAAUUUUCGUAAGAGCAAAGGACAAGCGUUCAUAACUAGAAUGAAAGCAAGAGCGGAGGAACGUGCCGAGGAAAGGGGAGAACGGGACUGAAUAUACCAAUAAGAUGAAAAUAAGGUGAUAUCAGGACAAAAUGAAAGAGAUAGGCGUAUUAUCGAGAGUAACAAAAAGAAAAAGAAAGAAAAUCUUGGCGUCGAAAACAGAUCGACACAAUUUGUCAACGAUUUCUUCUAUUGUUCUGCCUAUGAGGGCUGAAUUUCAAUACACUUGUUCAUACCAAUUAUUAAAUUCUACUAAUAAAUCAUUUACUUUUACAAGUAAAAGACUUAGUCAUUAAUCCUUUCGUUAUGGCAUGCUUUGACGCGAAUAUCCUUUCAUAUAAAUUCACCAUCAUUCCAUGUUACGAUCCCUAUAUGAAUCAGUCGGUUGGUCAUUCAUACGGGGAUCUUACUUGAACGACUCGUAUAUGAGUCGCUAAUAACGAAAGGGUUAAUGAUUGACAUAUUUUACUUUACAAUUAAUUCGAAUUAUGAAAGAGGAUUUUAUAAUUUAAUUAUAAAAGAUAUUUAGAUUUUUUUAGAAAUUAAUUUUACAAAUUUUAAUUUACUAUAUUAAUUGAUACAUAUAUUUUAUUGUAUAUAUUUGUGUUUCCAUGAAAAUUGUGUCUAUCUUUUUUGUAAGCCCUAUGAUAUAUCAUUUCAAUUUGUCUAUAACCGUCGGUUGUUACAAAAAAUAAUUUCUAUGCAUCAAAAGUGACGACAUAUAAUAUAAUUUAUAAUUAUUCAUAAAUUUGUAAGAAAACUAACAACACACAACAAAAUAGUAAAUGAUAAAAUUGAUUACAUAUUCGUUCGCAUGUUGUUUUUUUUCUUUAUUUCUACAUUUAAGGAAAUUCUUUAACAUAGGCAUAUUGCAAUUGUAUAUUUCUUUGAAAAGAAACUAUUAAUCAAAUGAUUCAUUUGUUAAACCGAAUUUCCGAUUGUAAGAAAAGAUUAGUGCGUUUAAAUGUCGAGAAGAUCUUAAUGAAAGAAAUCUCUGUAAAGUAAGCAAGUUUAAUAGUGAGAAAGGAUUUUUAUGGCAACAUUAUGAAUGUAUACAAUAUGUGACAGAAAAAACCCUACUCUACAGUUUGCCCCGCCUAAAAAGUUCAUCGUUCUCGAAAGCAAACUCGAGCAAAUUUUGCGCUCUUAACGAGCAUAUUAAAAAGAAAAAAAAAUAAAUGAGAGUACAACCGUCGUGCAGCCAAGUACAUGUGACUAUUCUGCAUGAAACUCGACGUUAAGUACUUGUAUUGAGUAAGUUAAUAAAUAAUAAUUAUAUUAAAUAUAUA